AUGUCUUCGUUCCUCGAGAAGCAACAGGCCGCCUUUCAAAAAGGUAUUCAAAAUACUUCAACUAAAAUUACCAGCAAGCGUCCAACCGCACCAGUUUCCGUCCCAUCGCCUGCUCCAUCGAACGCCUCAAACACAUCGAAGAGUGAGAACAAAGAUGCUAAGCGCAAGAGAGAAGCAUCAAAUGUCGUCUAUUCUCAACCUGCUGCUACUGGUUAUGGAACAGAAGCAUUUACACAAGUCACCUACGUCAUCGAGUUCUUGAAGAAGAAAGAUGAGCCAAAAACAUUCCAAGAGAUCCUAGGAUACUUGAGCCAGGCACACGUCGAGCAAAGUAAGAAACAACUUAUUGCGCAAAUCCUUCGAAGACACGAUCGAGUUCAAUGGAUUGCAGAUCCUAAGUUAAAGACACAAACUUGGGAUUCUGGCACAUUCAAACAUCGUCCCAUCAUCGGCGUUCGUAAUAAGGGCGCUUUAUUAUCAUAUCUUCAAAACAAACCUGACGCACAAGGAGUAAGUGUCAAGGAUUUGAAAGAUGGUUGGCCGGACUGUGAAGAAGCGAUAAAUGAGUUGGAGGCCGAACAUAAAAUUUUGGUUACGAGGACAAAGAAGGAUAACCAUGCACGAAUGGUUUGGAUCAAUGAUCCUAGCUUGAUUCACCCUGUCGAAUCCGAAUUUCAAGUCAUGUGGCACAGAACCGAACUCCCUAGCGUCGAUGAUCUCGUUCGCAAACUUCUCGAAGCUGGUCAAAAGCCUGCUAGUGAAGACCCAAGUAAACGCAUCAAAGCAACUCCAAAGCCAAAAGAAAAGAAGAGAAAGGCUCCAAGGAAGGGUGGCCGUACUACAAAUACUCACAUGCAACAUUUGUUGCAUGAUUAUUCUCACAUGAAGAGAUAG